GACCCGACUCUAUGCUAAUGAAGUUAGCUAGCUAGUCGCCUUACUAGCCGGUUUGUGCUAGGCGGUGUGCAUCUCUUUUGGGUUUGGCUGGACAAAAGAAAGAAGCCUAAGCCGGGAAGGAAGGCGAAACAGGUUUGAGAAGAUAAAAUUUGCAGAGAGCACAUCAAGUGAAAAUGGGAGAUCCUUCCCUACAUCGAGAUUGUCCGCUAGAUUGUAAGGUUUAUGUGGGUAAUUUAGGUAACAGUGGGAACAAGACUGAACUGGAGAGGGCUUUUGGCUAUUAUGGCCCUUUACGGAGUGUGUGGGUAGCCAGGAACCCUCCAGGUUUUGCAUUUGUGGAGUUUGAGGACCCCAGAGAUGCUACAGAUGCUGUAAGGGAGCUAGAUGGAAGGACCCUGUGUGGGUGUCGUGUGCGAGUUGAGAUGUCGAGUGGGGAGAAACGGUCAAGGAAUCGUGGGCCUCCACCUUCCUGGGGUCGUCGCCCAAGAGAUGACUAUAGACGCCGGAGCCCACCCCCUAGACGCCGGUCCCCCAGGAGGAGGAGCUUUAGCCGCAGUCGCAGCAGGUCUCUUUCCAGAGAAAAGAAAAGGGACAGGUCUCUUUCCAGAGAAAGGAGAAGGGACAGGUCUCUUUCCAGAGAAAAGAGAAAGGACAGGUCCCUGUCUCGAGAUAGAAAUCAUAAACCUUCACGGUCUCUCUCAAGAUCACGCAGUCGCUCCCGUUCUAACGACCGGUGGUAAGAUGCCUCCAGAGUCGGGCUUUUGGAGAGAGUUCGUCUGUGUGUCCUUCCAACAGGUUAUGGAUUAUGGAUGAUGGAUCCUUUUUCUUAUUACAAAAAGGUUCAGCCCUAUAGAAUGUUUUCUCACCUCAUUCUGGUGAUGAUUUUUUUUUAUCCCUUUCCCCUUUUCUUGUUGUCUGAUAAGGAUUUCAACAUUUCCCUCUUUGACCUGUAAUGUUUUACCCACAAUAAAGUUCUGAAUAUUAUAAUCCUUAUUUCUGAAUUAGUUGUAAAACUGGACUUGCAUCAGUUUUCCCUUCACUUUUUGUUUGUACUUUGAAUAAAACCUUUUUUCCACUGAUA